CUUUCAAAAGACCUGAAAAGUUUGUUAACUGAUUUCCUUCAAUCUGACCCCGGCUUUUUUUCUAGUUAAUCUGUCAAAGAAAAUUCUCAACAAGGUUUAAUAACGGUGUCGUCUUCUCCUUAUUUCUGGAAAUUCGAACCUGUUCUUUUAAUCCGAAUGUCCGUGUUCUAAAUUUUUUUUUUUGGCGAAGAUGUUCCUCGUUUCGAGGCUGUCUCGAGGCAGAAAUGGUCUCCUGAUUUCAAUCGUCCUUCUUGCAUUCUUAUUGGGUUUUCUGUCCAGUAAUUGCGUGGAUGCAGCGAGGUCGAAAAAAUCCAGUGGAAUUUCGCUGUUUGGUGGCUCGUCUUCGCGGCUCUACUCCCCUUUCGACGAUAACAAUGAUGACGACGACGAUGAGGAUUACAACUCCAUGGAUCAGGCGGAGGAGCAGUGUGACGGGGACUCGUGCGGCAGCGACAGUGACCCGAGACCGGGCAUGCGAGGUCGACGGGAUUUUGGGCUCAGAGAUGAUGGUGCCUCUUGGCACUGGUACUUGCUGUGGGGCUCAUUGUUGUUUGGCACACUUGCUGCACUGGGCAGUGGAGCUCCGUAUGCCCAAAUUUUGCUCAAGUCUCAAGUUGUUGACAAGUUCAAGCCCAUGUUUGGAGGACAUGAUAAGUUUGACCCCGAAGACGAGCUCUCUGAGUCAGAGACUGAUGACGAUGAUGCUGUGCCACCUGCUGAGCCACCCAAUGAAGACUUUGAGGAAGAAGUUAUUUCUAAAAGCGAAUACCUCAGCCUGGUGGAUGACUUCAAAUCUGAGCCAAAAGCUACCUUUUCCUGGUGUCAGAUGCGAGGCUUGCUUCGCUCCAAAUGCCCCUAUUGCGAUUCUAAGCAAGUUACAAUUCCAUCUUGCCACCUGCAUGACAGCGUAGAUUCAUGCAUGGAUAAUAUUAUGUUAUUCAUGCAGAUGCACUGGGUGAGUCAGGAUUGCGUCUCUGGCGGCCAGUUCCACUGCUCCCACUGCUCUGGCAAAAUCCACGUCCUCGACGGCACCUGGUUCGACGCUGCCCCCGUCGAGAUCUGGAAGGCCCUCGGGAUCCCGUUUCACUGGGCCACGUGCCACGGCCCCCACGUGGCGUCCCGCACCCUCGACUUGCCCCUCGACACCACCCUCGCGUGGUACAAGCGGUGUCGCGACGUGUCUGACAUGGCGCUGCGCACUUGCGAACCCCCCGGGGAACAGCAACCCCUGGGCAAGGACCACUACACCCACCACGACCACGUGGCGUGUCCUCUGUUUCGUCUGGGUGGCCCCGGACAAGUGGUGGAGGUGGAUGUCGUGGACAAGGACCUGUUGUUGGCUGACAAAUUCGUGCUGCUUUGCGUGGACAGAGACUCUGGCAGGGCCUUGGCUGUGCCGACCAGGGCUAAAAGUGCACGAGCUGUUCAGCAAGUGCUGACCAAGAAGUUGAGGGAAGGCACUAGUAUCGUGCUGGCUCAGGGGAAUCAGAAUCAGAGCAAGCUUUUUGUGCUGCCGGCCUUGAGAGAGAAGAUGGCGCAGGUUUUGGGUGGCAGGAGAGAGCCUGUGCCUGAGGACAUGCUGUCGGUGUAUGUGUCGCAGGCUGUGUGGGCCAGGCAGCACGAGGACUGCACCUAUGACCACUUCCGCAUCAUGGAACUGGCACCAUUUGAGGAAGAAAUUAUGUCACUGAAAGACCAGUUCAAACCAGAAAUGUUGGAGAAAGGGUAUCAAUGGUGCCAAGAUCGAGGUUUGGUGGCACAAGCUUGCUCCAAUUGCAAUACCAAGUUGGAGCUGUCCACAAAGAUCAAAGAUAACACCUGUGUUGGCUAUUGCCCCAACUGUCAGUCAACUUGUGACCCCCUGGCAGGGACUUGGUUUGAAGAGUGUGAACUGGACCCCUGGGCUUCCAUUGCCAUCUUGUUUUAUUGGGCUGUGGGCUACACAUAUCCCCAGGCUGCAUCCAGGAUCCAGGUGUCUCCCUCCAUUGCAAGAGCUGCUUAUGCUAAAUGUGUGAAGUUCUCUGAAAAGGCACUUGCUUUGUGCAAAGAUGAGCUGUACCUCGAUGUUCCAACAAAACACUAUGAAACGCAUCAACACCAAGCUUGUCCCCAGUUCAAAAUCGGAGGCAAAGGCAAGAAGGUAGAGGUUGCUGUAGUGGGGAAGAACCAGCUGGUCAAGGACAACUUUGCCAUCAUUGGGGCUGAAGUUGGCUCUUGGCGCUGCUUUGUCCUCCCAUCCUCAAUCAUCAAUAAAACCCUGGUGGACUUUGCAAUGCACCAACGAGUCAGAGAGGGCUCUAUAGUGUACCAUCCCCUUAGUCUGUACCAUGGAGGUGACAGGACCCAGUAUUUGCCUCAGACCUUUAUGCCACAAGGCACAGCAGUGGCAUCUACUGAGGACAGGAAAGUGAGUGUGGAGCAUGUUGACAAAGUGAGGGAUGAGAUGAGGGCCAAUGUUCCUGAGUUGCUGUCUGCCUGGGACUACUAUGUUUUUGUGGUGCAAUACAUGUACAACAAAAAGUUUUGGUUUUCUCCAUCUGAGUCUUUCAGAAGAAUUCUGGAGCACAUUGCUGAGGUCUAUAAUAACUCACCAGAAAUGACUGCUUGAAGUGGUCAGCAUCCUUCAUGGGACAAACCCAAUUUGUGUGCUUUGGUGCAUUUGUUUUCAUGGUUGUGAUUUGAGUGAUGCAAUCAAAGAACAAGCUUGAUUCUGGCUGUGAUCAAU